UUUUCCUCCAUCACAGAAUAAAUUCAUUUAUACUUUAUUGGUGAAAUAAAUAAAACUUAGCCAGUCACUUCCCUUUUUUAUAAUAGCUAACAUAAAUGUGUAACUGAUUACUUCCCCAGAGGAAAUUUAACAGUGGGAUGUAUUUCUCCUUCCCUCUUCUUUUCUGUCUAGAAACCUAAGAAUGGGGAUUGUCAUCAGACCUGUUUUUGUCUUAUUGUGCCUCUUAAGUGCCCUUGGCCUUGUUGAAAGUGUGCUCUGUAGGCUAUGCAACCUUUCAAUCCCCUUCCAUGGAUGUCUUUUAGACUUUGGAACCUGCAGGACCAAACCUGACCAGUUCUGUUUUAAAGAGAUCCAUUUUAAAGGUGGAAUUCCCUGGUUUUCUAUUAAAGGCUGCACAGAAACCUACACUGAUUGCUUCAAGAAAAGGAUGAUCCACCACAUGCUCCAGAUUUCUCGCUGCUGCCAUCAUCCUUUGUGCAAUUUCUGA